AUGUAUAACACUUACUCACCUGCCUUUCGAAAUCCUUACAAACAUGCAGCUCUCGCUGUAGCUUGCAAGGAAGCAGAUAUUCGUAGUAUCAAGGCCCUGAUCGUGGGUCCUCCUGAAACACCUUACGAAUUUGGUUUCUUCGAGUUCUCGAUUAAAUUUCCCGAAGAUUACCCUGGAACUCCACCAACUGUUAAUGCUACGACCACAAAUGGCGGCAGAUGCCGCUAUAACCCAAACAUAUAUGCUUCUGGAAAAGUUUGCCUGACGUGGCGUGGUGAAAGUGGAGAGCAAUGGUCUUCAGCCCAAGGCCUUGAAUCUGUCCUGAUCUCUAUCCAGAGUUUGAUGUCCUCUAACCCGUAUGAAAAUGAACCUGGUUUUGAAAAUGCCAAGACGGAGCACGAUUUAAAAAACAUGGCUCAUUACGUUGCUAAGAUUCGCCACGAGACUCUGCGUAUUUCAGUCAUUCAACGACUUGAAGAAUUCCUGGGCAUCCAAUCAGAUGGCACAAUUUUCCCUCAAAGCUCCGAGGCUGGUCAAGAGUCCGAAGAAGAGGACCGUCUGACUCCGGACGAUGAUCGCCCGGUUUUUGAACCGUUCGAGGAUCUUUACAAGCGCAGAUUCUUGUGGUAUUACGAAUCUUACGUGCUUGCUAUCGACGCUGCGGAACCUGAAGUUACCCCGGCACAAGCUUUCAAAAUGAUGCCAUUCGAAAGCGCUGGCAACACGAUGGACGGACGCUUUUACUACCCAGACCUCCGCAACCGCCUUGGCCGCAUCAAAAAGGCGAUUUUCGAUGAGACCGAAAACUGGGCCGUAGAGGGUCUGAAAGCCAAGGCUAAAGAUACCCGGAUCGCAGUCAACCUCCAGCGUCAGCACGAGCAGAUCGUCGAAGAUCUCAAGGACAAGAAGAAUUUCAUGAUCGACCUCGGUCUACAAGAUGAUAACCCUUUUGUCUGGACAAUGACAUACUUUGGUAAACCCAUGACUCAGUUGGAUGGUGGCGUCUUUCGGAUCAAGAUCUGCUUGAGCCCCAAUUUCCCCGAUGAACAGCCACGUGUCAUUGUUCAGACACCCCUGUUUCACAAUCGUAUUUCAAAGGAUGGUGUUCUUUGCUAUUUUCCGAAGAAGAUGGAGGAGAUGAAGUCGCAUGUCCAGGCUAUCAUUGAGGCGCUGGAGGAUGAGAGUCCACCCUAUGACCCACGCACGACUGUGAAUCCGGAAGCGUCGAAGUUGUUCUGGGGCUCUGCGGAGGAUAAGAAGAAGUAUAACCGCCUACUGAGACAGUCUGUUCAGCGGAGUAUUGAGUGA